GAGGGAGGCAAAAGGAGGGAGUUCCAAGAGUUACCGCCGGAUAGAGUGGCAAGAGCCCGCGGUCACCUUGGAGACGUGCUGACCAAUGGCAGCAGCGAAAGCUGUUUAUGGGGGCGGGGCGUCGCCAUGGCAGCAGGAGAAGCCUUUGGAGCGGCUACUUAAUGCGGGUCCCGGGCCGCGGGCGUUCAGAGAGGCGCCUUCAGGCUGGGGGGACGACGAGGGGUGCUGGCGGGGCCCUCAAGCUGAGGGCAGAGAGCCGCGGGGGUGGUGGUAACUUCUUCCAGAACCUUCCUUUAGCCCGGGCUGCGCUCUGAGCCAGGCCCCACGUUCGCAUUCGGAGGAGGCGACCCCCAGGUCGCGGGAUGGAAGCGCGCGUCCGGGAGGCGGUGUAACUGGAGCCGCGGGAGUCAGCGGGCCGGAGAGCGCGGCGGGCCACCGGGGCUCAGCCGUGGGUGCUGACCGCCCCUUCGGAGCGUCCCCGCAGACAUGGCGGAGAGCUGGCUGCGCCUCUCGGGCGCAGGGGCGGCGGAGGAGGCGGGGCCGGAGGGCGGCCUGGAGGAGCCGGACGCCCUGGAUGACAGCCUGACCAGCCUGCAGUGGCUGCAGGAGUUCUCCAUUCUCAACGCCAAGGCGCCCACCCUGCCCCCGGGGGGCACCGACCCCCACGGCUACCAUCAGGUGCCGGGCUCGGCGGCGCCGGGGUCCCCCCUGGCGGCGGACCCCGCCUGCCUGGGGCAGCCGCACACGCCGGGCAAGCCCACAUCCUCGUGCACGUCCGGGAGCUCGCCCUCGGGGCUACAGGCUCCGCCCCCCGACGACGUGGACUACACCACCAACCCGAGCGUGAAGCCGCCCUACUCGUACGCCACGCUCAUCUGCAUGGCCAUGCAGGCCAGCAAGGCCACCAAGAUCACCCUGUCCGCCAUCUACAAGUGGAUCACAGACAACUUCUGCUACUUCCGGCACGCUGAUCCCACCUGGCAGAAUUCCAUCCGCCACAACCUGUCCCUGAACAAGUGCUUCAUCAAAGUGCCGCGCGAGAAGGACGAGCCGGGCAAGGGCGGCUUCUGGCGCAUCGACCCCCAGUACGCCGAGCGCCUGCUGAGCGGGGCCUUCAAGAAGCGGCGGCUGACCCCCGUCCACAUCCACCCGGCCUUCGCCCGCCAGGCCGAGCAGAAGCCCAGCGCCGCGCCCUGGGCCGGGCCCCUGGCCGUGAACACCGAGGCCCAGCAGCUGCUGCGGGAGUUCGAGGAGGCCACCGGGGAGGUGGGCUGGGGUGCGGGCGAGGGCAGGCUCGGGCACAAGCGCAAACAGCCGCUGCCCAAGCGGGUGGCCAAGGCGCCCCGGCCCCCCAGCGCCCUGCUGCUGACCCCGGAGGAGCAGGGCGAGCUGGAGCCCCUCAAAGGCAACUUUGACUGGGAGGCGGUCUUCCACUCCGGCGCCCUGGGGGGGGAGCUGGGCGCGCUGGAGGCCCUGGAGCUGAGCCCCCCGCUGAGCCCCGCCUCGCACGGGGACGUGGACCUCACUGUCCACGGCCACCACAUCGACUGCCCGGCGACGUGGGGGCCCUCGGUGGAGCAGGCUGCCGACAGCCUGGACUUCGACGAGACCUUCCUGGCCACGUCCUUCCUGCAGCACCCGUGGGACGAGAGUGGCAGCGGCUGCCUGCCCCCCGAGCCCCUCUUCGAGGCCGGGGACGCCACCCUCGCUGCCGACCUGCAAGACUGGGCCAGUGUGGGCGCCUUCUUGUAAGAGGCCGGGCCCCGCCCCCACCUGCGGACAGCACCCAAGUCAGGGCCCAGACUGCCCCCCAACACAGGCCCAUGGAACCCCACUGCCCAGACAGGGGCUGGGCCACGCCUCCCGAGCUGGCACCACGGGGCCACACAUCCCCCAGCCUGGGCUGCCCUCGGAUUCCAGCCCCGGAGGCUGAGAACUGGGGCUCAGGACCAGUGACUCGCUGCCUCCCCUCCCGGCCCCAUACACACAGUGUUUCAUUGACCCUCAGCUGCCCUGCCCCAGGGACCAGCUAAUAGCCCUGCGCCGUGAGCGCUGCGGCCUGAGGGGCCCUGGCGGGCUGGGCCGGGGAGCCAGAGGACAGGGCCCACCUGGGCACUUUGGCUUCAAAAGGUUCUCCUUCCUCCAUCCUCCCCCUCUCCCCCGCCAGGUCUCUAUCCAGAGAAGAUUCCCAGGUACAGCAAAUGCUAAUUAGGUGGCUGCAAAUUAACCCCCCGAGGCCUCUCUGGGCAAAGCCUCCCAGGACCAGCGGGCAGUAGGCAGCGGAGCUGGGAGGGCGGAGAGGAGAGAGGUGAGGUCCGGGCGCCCAAGGGGCAGGCAGUCUUCUCCUGGCCCAUCUCCACAGGGGGCAGGGGCGAGGUGGGAAACCCCUAAUUUUUGAGCCCGACUGGAGGCUGACAGUAGUGAGGAGUUGGGGUUCUGGGGAGUUGGGGGCAGGGGUAGCCAAGCUGCAGGGGGGAGGGGAAGACAGACUAACGUAGUGAGUGUCACUAUAGCUGAGGUUUAACCGGGAGGGAUGCCCAGCUUGCUAGAACCACUGGGGCCAGGAAGGGGUGGGGGUCGCCCGUGCCCCCCCUGCACUUGUGGGAGGGAGUGUCUCACCCCCCCCCCCGCCAGCGCCCCAGGCUGCAUCCCAAAUCCAGCCUCCUGCCCCACGGGGCAAUUUAACCUUUUUCAUGGAAAGUUAUUUACAAUAAAUUUUUUUUUUGAAAAU